CUGCAUUUUCCUUUACAGAGUCCCGAGACGGACGCUUCGCCGCCCUCUGGAGCACCGGAUGACGUCAACAAGAGUCCGGUUGCCUUAAACAACGAGGCCGAUUCCCCUGAGACUGAGCUGACGGCAGAUGGCGCCUCAGAAGCUCAGGACCCCAACGCGACCACUGCAUCCACGCCGCGUUGUUGUCGCCCCUAUACCCUGCGUGCGGUGCAUGACCUCUUUGCCGUCCUGACAGACCUGCUCAAUCCGGAGCAGCAUCCCGAACCGAUUGUUCAGGUCUCACUGGGUCUGCUGACAGUGGCCCUGGAGACGGGCGCUGAUUUUAUCCCUCGAUGCCCUUCUCUCAUGCAGCUAGUGGCCACUGACGUGACCAAGUACCUGAUGAUG